AUGAAGAUGUUCAACUUCAAUGGAAACAUUCUCAUGAGUGUAGUAGUAGUACUGGUUCUGUGCCUGAGUGAAGCAGCUGUGGUUCUGGGCAAGAUAGAUGUGCGUAUUACCAAUGAAAUAGGGAAUGGAUAUGGUCUGAGCAUUCAUUGUCGAUCCAAGAACGACGAUCUGGGGCAGAAGAUGCUCAAGGGGAACAUGUACGCAGAAUGGGCUUUCGAUGCUAACAUCUGGGGUACAACGCUUUACUACUGCGACAUGGUGUGGCAGCUUGGGUGGGGCCAUUACGACGUCUACGUGGCCUCGAGAGACAAGUCUAGGUGCCAUUAUAACUGCUGGUAUUCCGCAAGGCAGGAUGGGUUGUAUGCGUAUGAUGAAGUGAAUGGAACUUAUUCCUUUUGGGCUAGAUGGGAAACCAACCCUUCAGAGUAA